UGAGCGCUCAUUGGCUCCGGCCGUGUGCGCUCUGUUGUCCCCAGCGAGAGCAGCACAGCCCCUAUUCACAUGUUAAUAAGCCCCUAUAAAUACUAACAACAGCCCCUCAGCGCCAGCAGCACGUCUCACUAGGAUUGCACAAUAAACACAGGGCGCCUCGCCUCGCCUGCGAGUUUAUCCAUUUUUUUUCUGCCUGUAACCGGUUCCGUUUGCCAGCUGCCCCUCGCGGACGACUCGGGAGGUAAAAAGCAGCAGUGGGUGAAGCCACCGAAGCGACGAUCCAACCAACAUGGCCCCCUCGACUCGGCCAAACAACACCGGACUUGGCGUGGAAGAAGAUGAGUCCCACUACGGGAUCCAGAGAGCGGACAGAAAGACUAGGAAACCUCUGGUGGAGAAAAAGAGGCGAGCUCGCAUCAAUGAGAGUUUGCAGGAGCUGCGGACUUUGCUGGCGGAUACAGACUUUCAUUCCAAGAUGGAGAAUGCAGAGGUGCUGGAGAUGACAGUGAAAAAGGUGGAGGACAUACUGAAGAACCGAACCCAAGAAACAGACACACUCAACAGAGAAGCCAGUGAGAGGUUUGCGGCCGGCUACAUCCAGUGCAUGCACGAGGUCCACAUGUUCGUGUCCAGCUGCCCUGGGAUCGAUGCGACGGUGGCGGCCGAGCUCCUCAACCACCUGCUGGAGUGUAUGCCGCUGAAUGAGGACCACCUCCAGGAUGUGCUGAUGGAUCUAAUCACGGACACUUCAGGGAACAACAGCAGUACUUGGCACGGAGGCAGCGAGGCGGUGUGCACCACCCUGGCCUCUCCUGGAGGAAGGAGUCUGUCCAGCGGCCUGACCUCUGCCCUCUCCCCGGCCCCCUCCACCACGUCCAGCGAGGACCUGUGCUCUGACCUGGACGAGACCGACAGCGAGCACAACCAGAGCUCUACAGAGGGCACGGAGAGCAGAGAGGCUGUGAGCGUGCCCGUGACCUACCCUCGGUCCAUGUGGAGACCCUGGUAGGAGUGUGAGGGUUUGGAUGGAUUACAGCUGGGAUGUGUUGAAGCAGGGAGUGUGGGCUUUCUACUGAAGGAGAAAACUUCACCCUACAACUCAAGAAUGCCUUUACGACUUUCUACCACAUUCUCCUCUGGACCCCUGGACUGCUGCACUGAUGUCCAAUAUUUAGAUCUGUUCUUUAAGAGACAGAGGGAACAACUGAGCCACUGACAGCAGCCUCACUUAUCCAAACUGCAGUGGAGCUACAGAUGAUAAGAGACCAUGAGGAUUUUCUCCUCACCCACAAUGGAACCAUUCCUUGGCAUUCUGGGAACUAUAAGACAUCAUUAAAUGAAGUAGACUCGUCAUGUUUUCGGAACAUCUAAUGAGAAAACAUCGCCGGGGUGCUUUGGAUGUCAUUAAAAAAAAAGUUUAGGAUUGUAUGUAAGGGUGGAGUUUUCCUUUAUCUCAUCAGCUCAUGGCCCCUGCAGCUCGGAGCCACCUGAAAGCACCACCCCUUCCCUUCUCAGCGGUGACACCCUGGCUUCAAGUCCUCCCUUGUGACUUUUCUUUACACCUGGAGUAAGAAAAAACCUUUCCUCUCAGCACACUUAAAUCCCAACGAAGGACAGAAAAGGAACAGUUCACACUUGUUUUGCCUAUAACUCUAUGUAUAUGGGAUUUGUAUAAGGAGAAAAAGCUCUUUUUUUAGAAACUAAGAAGUUUGGCAAUGCAUCUGAUUAAUAUAAAUAUUUCUACUGUAUUUCAUAAAUUCCUGUAGUGUAUUGGACACAUAGCCUCCUUAAGAAUGACCACUUUAUCUUCUAAUGAGGUUUAGAAAUGUUUUGCGAGUAAAAUGUCUGAAUUUCAUUAAUAAAAUAAUGUAACUGGAA